UAUCUCUGUUCCUGUGGCCCCUUCUCUCUUUCGGUAAUUUUGAGUUAACUUUCGGUAGCUGUUCUCUUCUUGAUUUACUGCCAAACCUCUCUGCAGAACAGGAAGUUAUGCUAUAACAGAGAGGACUCCUUUAUUUUCUAUGCUGCCUUUCCCUCCACUCUGUGUAUUUAUUUUCUUAUUUUGGGCUCCAGCCAUUUCUGAGGCUAUGUGAAGCUGCAUAUACAUGAACUGAUCACUCGCAGAUGCACAUAUGAUUACAACGAGUUGCCUGCUGCCCAGAACUGGUAUGGCAGGGUUAACACUGCUUCCUGGUUUUGUAUUACCCUAAGAAUUAAUCACGUUAGUGCCUUUGAGUACCCUUUGAGAUUUCCUGUGUACAGUGACAGUAUAAGCUCAGGGCCUCAGGAAGAGAAAAGGCGGGUUUCCCCCACUCACGUCUCACCUGGAAGGGGAUUUCCAUCUUGCACAAAUCUACUGCAGGACUUGCAAUUAUGCAGAUAUAUAAGGCUCAUAACAGUAUGUCAGUAUUUUGUAUGAUCUCUCUUGGGAGCUGUAAAAGGAUUGUCCACCUCCUCUGUGGCAUGGGUUCUUCUUAUUAUCCAGCUUUGUGUACUGAGUGUUUCAGAGGGUUUGCAGAAGAGAGUGAAUUUGCAGGAUUGGUCUUCAAACCUGCAUGGAUUUACAAACCUUCAUUGUUUACUGCAAUGAUCUGCUCUCUAAUAAAUCUUUUCUGAUGAAGGAAUUGGCAGUUGCACAUUCUAUGGAGCAUUAGGAUUAUCAAGGCAUUUUAUUCAAUAUCUGGUACCUUUAGGACUCCUUAAAUCAACUGGAAGAUGGCAGAAGCAGUAUUGAUUGAUCUGUUCAGUCUACAAAUGAACUCACAAAAUAAUGGCAUUCAGAAGUUAUUAUGUAGCACACUAGAAAGGAUUGAAAAAGGUUUCUCUGCCAGUGCUCCAUUUGUUUACAUAAUGUGCUACCAAACUCCAAGAAGUGAAAGGAGCAGUGAACAAGAUUCGGUACUUAAAGUAAUCAGCAGUUUUCAGACUCUAAAGAAAGGAAUUGAGGUUGUGUGCAAGACAAGUACAGCUGCUGCCUUGUACACCAUUAAACAAAAACUAGAUGAAAAGGAUUUAAGCAUCAUUAAAAUCAUUUUACCAGUACAAAGGAAAGCCUUAAUGGAAGUGUUUAUAGACCACCUAUUCACUGCUGUUUACCAGUUUCAGUUUGAGGAUUUUGGGAUGGAUUGUGAAGGAAACAACCUCCAACAAAUAGCUGAACCUCAGAGCGACAUACAAACACUUCCUGCCCAUGAGAUGGAACUCAUCAGGAGUGAGAUUCAGACAUACUUGGAAAGUCUGCCAGAUCUGAAAGGGAAGCUUACCAUUCUAAAAUCUUCCUUGAUCCCAGGUCACAUCUUCCUACAUGGGUUCACCACAAGGACAGGUGGGAUCUCUUAUAUACCAACGCUCAGCUCCUUCAACCUCUUCAGCAGUGCUAAGCGGAGAGAUCCAAAGGCUGUGGUUAAAGAAAACCUACGCAGGUUAGCUAAUGCUGCAGGUUUUGACCCGGAGACAUUUCACCGUGUGAAGGUCAAUCAUGCCAGUGAUGUUUGGAUUAUGGGAAAGCCCGAGCCUGACAGCUAUGAUGGAAUAGUAACGAAUCAGAAAGGUGUUACAAUAGCCGCUCUCGGCGCUGACUGCAUACCUGUGCUUUUUGCUGAUCCUGUCAAAAAAGCAUGUGGAGCUGCUCAUUCUGGAUGGCAAGGAACUUUGUUAGGAGUUGCUAUGGCUACAGUAAAUGCUAUGAUAACAGAAUAUGGCUGUAAUGUUAAGGAUAUACUUGUGGUGCUGGGCCCAUCUGUUGGACCGUGCUGUUUUACACUUCCUCAGGAAUCAGCAAAGGAAUUUUACAAUCUUGAUCCAAAAUGUGUCAGACAGUUUGAAUCUCCAACUCCCUAUGUUGAUAUUAGAAGGGCAACACGAAUUCUUCUAGAGACUGGAGGGAUUCUGCCUCAGAACAUACAGGAUGAUUCUGUCACUGACCACAACCAAAGUCUCACUUUCUGCACAGCAUGCCACCCUGAUACAUUUUACUCUCACGUUCGCGAUGGCACUAACUUUGGCACACAGAUUGGCUUCAUAUCGAUCAGAGACUGAGGUAGCAUCUCUUAUCCUUGGGUAGUAACCGGGCAAUAACUGUUAGCAUUGCCUGACAUCUUACUCUCCUGAUAGUAGGCCUCUCCUCUUUCCUUCACCUGAUAAGUUCUGAGGAAGAAGUGGACUCAUCAUAGGGAUUUGUACCUGUGGGGAUGCCUUGUUCCCCUGUGGGAGGCGAGACCAGCAGCCGGAUGAAAGAGCCAGAGACAAGGUUGCAUGGGGAAGUUCUCAUGGAAAGUGGAGAUCUGUGGGAACUAGACCAUCUGUGCACAACACCCCCAAACCUUUCUGAAUUAUACCAGCAACAUGGCUCCAUUGUCUGACUUCCAUUUUCUACCUCCCAUAUUCCCAGACCUCUGUAGUGUGGGAAAGCCCUGAAGAGAGUUACUGCUUCUCUCAGAGCAGCAGUAACAUUCAGUGCAAGCUGCAACAUCGAUUGUGCUGCCCUGAAAGCAGAGCAUGCUGUGCAGAGCUGCUAUUUCCUCGACUCCUCUCCGUCCCGGGUCAUGUUCCUACCAACUUCAUGAAGCUGGGCUUCUGCACUGAAGCCCCCGGUAUCUACACAAUGGGGAGGUAUUUUCAAAUCCUUCUUUCCUCUCUAUGUGCCCACUCCUCCACCCUUUCUGCUCAGACUGAUUUCCCAGUGCACUAAGCAGCCAAGAGCUUCGUUCUACUUAGUAAUCGGACAGCUGGCAGGCACCAAGAAGUCAGUAAAAAGGAGUGCAAGCUCUAGCUGUGGGCAUGCCAUUUUAAGAGACACAGAAUCAGAGGAGAGGGACAUAUUGGAGAGGGGAUGUUUCUUUUCUAUUUUGUAUAUUUCUUGGCUCUCAGCUUCCCCCGCUUGUAUGCUGGGUGGUCUGAAAUGUUUAAGCUCAUUAUGAAAGUUGCAAAGGGAUCAUUUGAAAUACAUAACCAAAGUUUCAUGA